AUGAUCAAUUUUAACGAAAAAUACGAGAAAGAAUAUAUCGAAAUAAAUAAGAUUGAAGUUGAAGAUGACGCGGUUUUAACUUUUGACAACAGAGCUGCAGAGCGUUCUUUCGGUCAAUUAAAAUCGCUCGAGUCUUCUGAUUCAAGAACGACAGACAUUCGAGUAUGGCGUCAAGUUGUUGUGCGUCAAAAUCAGCUUUAUGAUCAUUUCAAAUUUUUGGACGAAACCAUUCAAAAAGAGUUGGUCUGGAAGGGAAUGCGCAACCGUGAACAGCAGCUUGAGGAUGAUAAACUUGCCGAACAACAAAAAACAUUGGAAAUCAUGAAUGAUUCUUAA